GUGAAACGACAUAGACAUAUUUAAAAUCAUAUUAUUAUAACUUUAAAAAAAAAAUCUAGUUUUAAAUACAACUUUGAUAAUCAGUAUGGGAAUUUUAUCCAGAUACGCUUUAGUUUUGUUAGUUAUUUUAAUGUUGCAACGGAGAGGUGCAUCAGGUACGCCAGUUUCAAUGCUUGUACAAUGGCUUUCUCCGAGAAGCUGGGCCGAUAGUUUCACAGAGGAAAAAGACACGGUGUUAUCCGUCGUAGCCAUGGUUCCAUUUGGCAGUAUAAUAACCAUUGCUGCCGUUAAACAUGACAGCAUAGAGAACAUUGCUACCUUCACUACAAAUUCUUCAGCAGAUGACAUGCUUCUUGGUAUCUUACACGAGUAUGAUACCACUGAAAAUAGUAUAUUUGUGAACACCUCGUUGAUGCGAAAAAACGUUCAUGAAACGUUCCCUCAACAUGGCCAACAGAUGGCGGAAAUCGUGGUUAUCGUUUGUUCGGACGUAACUUUAAUGGGACCAGUUUCCUCUAUAUUGUCGACGGAAACAUUAAAGAAAACACUAGUGGUCAAAGUUGGUGAUUUUCGUUCCGUUGAUCCUUGGCUUGAUGUUGCAACCGAUGCCGACCAUGUUCUGUUUGCAAGUGAGCAUGAUAAACUGAUGAAGGUACUUCAAAAAGAUUUUACCCUGGCAUGUGAUAUCAAUUUGUUCUGGGAUGAUACAACACAAGAGUGCCACCAUUGUGAUAUGGUUUGUCCGAAAUACAGAAGUCAUAAGUGCAUAAGUGAAGACAUCGCAUUCGAAUGUCAGUAUUUUCUGCAUUUUGUGAAACAACAACAACAGAAAGAAACAUCAACAAAAAAUGAGCAGAAUGAAACAAAACAGUCUUUUGUAUACCAAGACAGCAAAUUGUUGACGAUUUCAGUAGUUGUAUUUAUACUUGUCCUAAUAGCGGUUGUGGUUGCUGUUGUUGUUGUUGCUGUUGUAGCAAUAUUGGCUUUCAAAAACCUGGAGAGACUGAGGCGUUUUAUUACAUGGUGUACAAUCGCUAUAAGACCUCUUCGAGGGGAGCAGAAUAUUGAAAUGGUGCAGAAGUCGCAACAAUCAGACCAAUCGCCAAACAAUGAAAGCGAAACGGCGGAAACGCGCCUCUUGGGUAAAAAGAAUCUGAGACAACGUGACAAAAUGGAAUCAUAAUAUCGUCUGAGGUGCGAAUCCAUGCCGGUAAAGUCACGAAAAUAUAGAAAACUGACGCCUUCACAACUAGGCAGACAGACAGACAGACAUUUUUAUUUAGACUUGUACAAUGUACAUCAUCUACAUAAACAAAUAUAUUUUCAUAAAACAUGUCAACGUGUAUAUACAACAUGUAAUGGUAAAUACGUUUUUGUUUUAUAUAACACAACAUAUUAUGUGUAACAAAGCAACAUACUAUCAUUUACUAUGUGUAACAAAAAAUGGAGGCUGAACUUAAUAUUUAUCUUUCAACAUUCAACAAAUUAUUUCGAAUAACAAGAGCAUAUUUAAUAUACAAAGCUAGUUUAAUUAAUUCAUUUCUAUCAUUUGAUUUCAAUAAUCGUAGAAAUUUGUAUACAGAAGGGUGCAUAUAGUAACAACGUUUUAAAUAUUUCUUCCUAACAUCGGAAUAACAUGGACAUAUGCAUAUAAAAUGAAAUUCAUCUUCAAUAUCGUUAGUAUUGCAAGUUAAACAGUACCGUUCCUCUCGAGGUAUUCGGUUUCUGGCAUAUCUACCAGUCUGAAUUCUCAGAGGAAAUACAGAUAACCUUAGUCUGGAGAAGUACAAGCGUAAAUUUGUUGGUAAAAUAUCGAGGUAUUUUUCGUAUUCUAAUGAAGGUUUAAUCUCUUUAUAUAUAGUUAAAACUGUACUAUUGUUAAGUGUUCCGAGCCAAUUUUGCUGAAAAAUAUCUAGAAGUCUACGUUUAAAUUCAUACAAAAAAACUUUACAAUCUAUAUUGGCAACAUUGUCAAAUAUAUAAGAAAAACCAUGAGCGUCUAACAAAUUCUUAACAUUUGAUACCCAAUUUCUUUUACCAUUAUUACAAUCUGACAAAGCUUGCUCAUAUACAGUUUUUAAAAUAAUAUUAUCAGUUUUAACAACUUUAAACCAGUAGUUCAUUAUUCUCAUAUAUCUAUGUAUAUAAAGCGGAUAUCUUCCUAGUUCACCAUAGAUACAGGCAUUACAUGUAUUUGGCCUAACCUUCAGUAGUCUUUUGCAAAAUUUUAAGUGUAUUCUCUCUAUUUCUUUUGAUUUAGAAUUUCCCCAAAUUUCACAAGCAUAAUUCAAAACAGACAAAACAAAAGCGUCAAACAAUUGGCAAAACGUUUUUGGACUAAUGUCAUAAUCUUUACAUUUGCAUAAUAGAACAUUCAGAGCCUUAAGGGCUUUGCCAAUUAAAUGUUCUUGAUUAAGUGCAAAAUUACCCGUGUAGUUGAAAACAGUUCCAAGAUAGUUAAAAUCAUUUACUACAUCGAUAACGUUUCCAUUAUAGGUCCAACGCUCAGUGUCUAAUAAUCCACCACGUUUACGAAAAACCAUAAUUUUAGUUUUAGUGGUAUUCACUUUGAGUCCCCAUGUAUUACAAUAUUCGAAUAAUGUGUCUAAAUGAUCUUGCAAUUCUUUAGGUGUUUUACCUACUAGGCCAACAGGACUUAUACAAACGAGAUGGAUGUUUUGACCUUUUAAUGUUACAUUGAUAACAUCACGUGAUAAUGUCAACUUAUCAUGCAAGUGAACUUAAGCGUUAUUUACGCUUGUGAAAAUUAUGGUGUUCAAAGACGACAUUUGUAUGUGAAUUGUAUGUCUGUAUGUUCGUUUUAUUCAUUAACGUUUUCGAUUUUGUCAAUUAAGCUACAUAUAAUAAUUGACAAAGAUGUAUAAGAGAUAGCAUCAUGAAACAUUUCGACUUUCUUAGGCAGUUGCUGUAUAUGUUUAUUUGUCAUUUUGUUGUUUAUUGUCUAAUUUUGAAAUGUGUAUGCAUUGAAUCGGUUGAAAACACAAUAUAUAUUAUG